AUGGCGCGCAAACGUCGCAGUGCAGACUCGACACCACCACCACCGCGGCGACAACGGCCGCUUCUUCCGGGAUCGCCAAGGGCAAGACGGGAUGCCCACGGUAACAUUACAAAUGCAGCUUACCUGAGUGAGGCCACACUCGCGCGCGAGCAGGGGCCGAAUAGGCCUCAGGUUCUGCCAACCAUGCCGGCUCCUGGUCCUCCUGCUCAUAGCCCAACGUACCGACAGCAGUUGGCCAUCCCGACGCGAGGAGAGCAUGUGGACCACCCACACGUAGCGACAAGCGUGCAGUAUGGUCGUAGGUCCGCGCCGCAGAACAACGUGCGCAGCCAGCGAUAUGCUCCAUAUUCGCUUGCACCUCGCAACUCUUUUGCUGCCCAUCCCGGAGCGGGAUACGCGCCGCCUGCUGUUACGGCACCAGCUUCACGUAUGAACUUCAUGAAGCCGCAGCAGCAAUACCAGCAAUACCAGCAUUACCCGCAACACCAGUUUGGUAAUGUGUUCCCUGAUGCAGAUCUGAUGAGGUUUCCUUCGAACUCGAGUCAGGCUACUUUGAGUUAUGGCCCUUCGCAUCCUGUGGGAUAUCAGCCUUCAAGUAAUGUGUUCCAGGAAGAUGGCUUGCGACCUGAGGACUUUCAGGAAGCCGGUCUGAACUUGAACGCAGUCCAGAGUGAGGAUUUGGAUCUAUCCUGGGAUAUGGCUCCUGUAGGACCGGCGAACGGGUGGUACACCCUCGAUCAGAUGGCUUCCCGUCCGAUCUUCUACCAGAUGGAGCCCUCCGUUUCUGCUCCUCCACCUGCUCCUGUACCUGGGUACCAGCCUCAUGGUUACUAUGAGGUUCCCGAUCAAAUUGCCCUUCCGGAACCUACCUUUGCCGGCUACAACGUCGCAGGGGCUUACCAGAGUCCAUAUGCGCCGAUCAUGUAUGCGCCACAGCAGGCGCAUUUCCAGCCUACUUUCCAGCCGGUCCCGAUGUACACGCCAGGCUCCGUCAACAACAGCUUCGUACAGCAGCCGGGUACGAUGUAUGCGCCAAGCUACGUCAACAACUUCGUUGUGCAGCAGCCUCAACCCACCAUGUAUACGCAGCCCACCGCGCAACAACCCCAGGCCAACUCCAACUACCCUGCCGCCGCCUACAACCCACCUGCGGCUUACACAGGACCUUCCUCGCGACAGCCAGGAACUUACAACGGCAGCACCGGGCAGGCGCAACAGUUGGAUGCGGGAUCGAGGCGGCGACGAUCAAGCUUGUACCUCACCACCGAGGAAUGGGUUGAGGCGCAACGUAGGCAGCAUCCUUCCGGUGAAUGA